AUUGAGGAGCUCAUCAGUUUAAGAAAUGGAAACACAGCUGUGUGUGGAUGGGAGCCAGAGUGAGAAAUCAGGCUGCAGGGGCUUGCUCUCUGUUUAGGGAUGGAAGAUCAGAGGCAUGUUGGCUUUGCAGAUACAAUGAGUCAAACAGUUACCAGCAGGUUCUGAGGAGACCAGGAAACUUUCAUCUGCUCUUCUGGCAGACCUGCAUUUUAAUGGGGAUUUAGAAGUUAAUUGCUAUGCAUUCCCCCAUUUGUAAGAGUAGUCCGGUAUGUUCUUACCUCCUCUGGAGGGUCUGGCAUGUAUUUGUUGAGACCAAUUGCUCCAGGUUAUCCGUUGCCAGAUUUUCUGCACCUUUUAGGGAGGGAAGAUCUUUGAGAUGAUUCACGCAUUUUAAAAAGUGCAGCCUUGUCUUUGGAUCAUCCUGCAUUUGCCUUGCUGUGUGCUCACGGUGUGUUAACUGGACUGCUCUCACUCCCACUUCCUUACCCGUAAUUUACCCCAUUGCACUGUGAGGCAAGUGAGUUACUACAAGUAAACACUUUCCAAUUGCUGCUUGGUACAUACGUCAUACUACAAAAGUACUGUUCUAAAAAAUAUAUGGUGAUCAUACUUUUACUUCAAACAACUGUCAUUUAUUGUUUGUGUACUUGGAGCUUUAAAUUUUGCCUAUGUGUUUAUAUUUACUGUUAGUCAAUUUCCUCUGAACUUAAUUAGCACCAUAAAGUAACAAAACACUCCCUAAAGAAUCUCCCUUCCCCCUCCCAAUCUCUGCUUCUUGGAGAGAGCUUCAUUGCACACCACAGCCUGCCACAUGCAUCAGUGAGAGGGCCAUCCACUAAGCAGCAUUAUUAAUACCUCCAGUUAAACCUUUUUUUUUCUUUUACUGUGAGAAAGGGAAGUAAAAUCAGUAAUAAAAGUAAUAGCCUUUAUUAGUGUGAGAAGCAAACACCAGCAUGAAACCUAAAUCCCUCCGUGGAGAAACGUCUGCCUAUCCUGUUAUCUAUACUCAAUUCUGUGUGUACUGUGGCCUUUUCUUACAUAUCGGCUAUGAAGAAUUGAGUUAUGUGAUGGCGUUUCAGACUGAUCUCUUAAAAUUGAUAAAUCGUAUCGUUUUUCCAAACGAAAGUAGCAACUGGCAGCAGGAUGGCUGAAUUAAGUGUUAAAUAGGAAGAUAGUACCUGUGGUAAUAAUUAGAGAAAGUGAACACAAAGAAACAUUUUACAUCAGAUGUACAUUUCUGUAGGAGAACAUUUGGCGAGCUUUCGAACUGGUUCAGAAUAAAGUCUGAAAAGUGGUGACGUUCAGAGCGGCAACAGUAGAAAUCACUGAAUCACUUUGUGUGUCAGUCGCACUGCCAGCACGGAUGGCUGCUUCCCUCCCCACCCCCUCUCUUUCCGCGGUUCACUGCAGGUCACAUGAUAGCUAUCACAUGACUCGGUCAAAGGAUCUUUUCCUCUUACAGCUUUGCAAAAAAAAAAAAAAAGGGCGAAACCGUUCUCCAAUUAAAGCUGCUAACGUGUACUACGCUGUUUCCUUGUUGGGUUUUCUUGUUUUCUGCUGCUACUGUAAAAACAAAAUGAGUGGUCCAGCUCAGGUUCCAAUGAUGUCCCCAAAUGGUUCUGUGCCUCCUAUUUAUGUGCCUCCUGGAUAUGCCCCACAGGUUAUUGAAGACAAUGGUGUUCGGCGAGUUGUUGUGGUUCCUCAGGCCCCAGAGUUUCACCCUGGGGGUCACACAGUCAUCCACCGCACUCCACAUCCUCCUCUUCCCGGUUUCAUUCCUGUCCCAACCAUGAUGCCCCCUCCAGCACGCCAUAUGUACUCCCCAGUCACCGGAGCUGGAGACAUGGCGACACAAUAUAUACCACAGUAUCAGUCUUCACAAGUGUAUGGAGAUGUAGAUGCUCAUUCUGCACAUGGAAGAUCCAAUUUUAGAGAUGAAAGAUCUAGUAAAACAUAUGAACGUUUGCAGAAGAAAUUAAAGGAUCGCCAAGGAACACAGAAAGAUAAAAUGAACAGCCCACCAUCAUCACCCCAGAAAUGCCCUUCUCCCACAAAUGAACAUAAUGGACUAAUAAAAGGACACAGUGCUAGUAGCACAAACACAGGCUCAGCGAAAAACAAGUCAGGGAAAGGAAGAAGUGCACAAGUUGAUGCAGAAAUAGAAGAAAAAGAUGAAGAAACUAAAGCAUUUGAAGCACUUCUUUCCAACAUUGACAAACCAGCUGCCUCAGACAUCCAGGCAAGGUCAAUAGUACUUACCUGGUCAGCACCUUCCAGCAUGGCUAAUGGCGAAACAGACGAAACUUCUGUACCAGAGCUCUAUGGUUAUGAAAUCCUGCUGUCUAGUUCUGGCAAAGAUGGGAAAUACAAAAGUGUAUAUGUAGGAGAAGAAACAAGUGUCACUCUGAAUGAUCUCAAACCAGCCACAGAUUACCAUGCAAAAGUGCAAGCAGAAUACAGUUCUAUGAAGGGAACUCCUUCAGAAGCUGAAAGCUUUACCACCUUGAGCUGUGAACCUGACAUCCCUAAUCCACCACGAAUAGCCAACCGGACCAAAAACUCACUCACUUUGCAAUGGAAGGCACCUAGUGACAAUGGUUCUAAAAUCCAGAGCUUUCUUUUAGAAUGGGAUGAGGGAAAAGGAAACGGAGAAUUUUGUCAGUGUUACAUGGGUGCACAGAAGCAAUUUAAAGUUACUAAACUGUCACCAGCAAUGGGCUGUAAAUUCAGACUAUCAGCCAAAAAUGAUUAUGGUACAAGUGGCUUUAGUGAAGAAGUGCUGUAUUACACCUCAGGCUGUGCCCCUUCCAUGCCAGCAAGUCCUGUGUUAACUAAAGCUGGAGUCACCUGGUUAUCCUUACAGUGGAGCAAGCCCUCUGGAACGCCAUCAGAUGAAGGAAUUUCUUAUAUUUUAGAGAUGGAGGAAGAAACUUCAGGGUAUGGUUUUAAGCCUAAAUAUGAUGGAGAAGAUCUUGCUUACACAGUGAAAAAUCUCAGACGAAGUACCAAGUAUAAGUUUAAGGUGAUUGCUUACAACUCCGAAGGUAAAAGCAAUCCAAGUGAAAUAGUGGAAUUUACUACCUGCCCUGACAAGCCAGGAGUACCUGUAAAACCUUCAGUUAAAGGAAAGAUACAUUCACACAGUUUUAAAAUAACUUGGGAUCCACCAAAAGACAAUGGAGGGGCAGCCAUCAAUAAGUACGUUGUGGAGAUGUCAGAAGGUCCUAAUGGAAACAAAUGGGAUAUGAUAUACAGUGGCGCUACUAGGGAGCAUCUUUGUGACCGACUGAAUCCAGGCUGUUUCUAUCGUUUACGAGUUUACUGCAUCAGUGAUGGAGGACAGAGUGCGGUCUCUGAGUGUUUACUGGUGCAGACUCCAGCUGUGCCUCCAGGCCCCUGCCUCCCUCCCAGAUUACAGGGUAGACCAAAAGCAAAAGAAAUACAGUUACGAUGGGGACUCCCGCUGGUUGAUGGUGGAUCACCCAUUUCCUGUUAUAGUUUGGAAAUGUCGCCUAUAGAAAAAGAUGAAUCCAGAGAAGUUUACCAGGGUUCUGAAUUGGAAUGUACAGUGAGCAGCCUUCUUCCUGGAAAGACAUAUAGCUUCCGACUGCGUGCAGCUAACAAAAUGGGGUUUGGACCAUUUUCAGAAAAAUGUGAUAUUACUACAGCCCCUGGGCCACCAGAUCAGUGCAAACCUCCUCACGUAACAUGCAGAUCUGCAACGUGUGCACAAGUCAACUGGGAGGUUCCUUUGAGUAAUGGAACUGAUGUCACUGAAUACCGACUGGAAUGGGGAGGAGUUGAAGGAAGUAUGCAGAUAUGUUACUGUGGGCCUAGCCUCAGUUAUGAAUUAAAAGGACUUCUACCAGCAACUACCUAUUACUGCAGAGUCCAGGCUCUGAGUGCUGUGGGCGCAGGUCCUUUCAGUGAUGUAGUGGCCUGUGUAACUCCACCAUCGGUUCCUGCCAUUGUGACUUGUCUUCAGGAAAUAAGUGAUGAUGAUAUCGAAGAUCCCCAUUACUCUCCUUCUACAUGCCUUGCGAUAAGCUGGGAAAAGCCUUGUGACCAUGGUUCAGAAAUCCUUGCCUACAGCAUAGACUUCGGAGAUAAACAGCCCUUGAGUGUGGGGAAGGUUACAAGCUAUAUUAUAGACAAUUUACAACCAGAUACAACAUACAGAAUACGAAUUCAAGCCUUGAAUAGCCUUGGAGCUGGUCCUUUCAGCCACAUGAUAAAGUUAAAAACUAAGCCCCUCCCUCCUGACCCACCUCGUCUGGAAUGUGUUGCCUUUAACCACCAGAACCUUAAGCUGAAAUGGGGAGAAGGAGCCCCAAAGACUUUGUCAACAGAUUCUGUCCAGUACCACCUUCAGAUGGAGGAUAAGAAUGGAAGGUUUGUGUCCUUGUACAGAGGACCGUGUCAUACAUAUAAAGUACAAAGACUGAAUGAGUCAACAUCAUACAAAUUCUGUAUCCAAGCGUGCAAUGAAGCCGGGGAAGGACCCCUCUCCCAAGAAUAUAUUUUCACUACUCCAAAAUCUGUCCCAGCUGCCCUAAAAGCCCCCAAAAUAGAGAAAAUAAAUGAUCACGUUUGUGAGAUUACAUGGGAGUGUUUACAGCCAAUGAAAGGUGAUCCAGUUAUUUAUAGUCUUCAAGUUAUGAUGGGAAAAGAUUCAGAAUUCAAACAGAUUUACAAAGGCCCCGAGUCAUCUUUCCGGUAUGCCAGCCUCCAGCUCAACUGUGAAUAUCGCUUCCGCGUGUGCGCCAUUCGCCAGUGCCAAGACCCUGCAGGGCACCAGGACCUUGUCGGCCCCUACAGUACCACCGUGCUCUUCAUGUCUCAGAGGACUGAGCCACCUGCUAGCACCCCCAGGGACUCUGUGGAGAGUACCAGGAGCCAGCGGGCGCUCAGCGACGAGCAGUGUGCCGCGGUCAUCCUGGCACUGUUCGCGAUCUUUUCCAUCCUGAUUGCCUUUAUCAUUCAGUACUUUGUAAUCAAGUGAAAAUAUAACUUUAUUUUUUAACACUGUAUUACAUUUUAUUUUGUCAUAUACUAAAAUUAUUUCUGUGUUGCUUUUACAAAAACAGUGGCAUUUAGCACUGGCAUUGAGACUACAGCACAUCGUUUUUGUCAUUUUCAGUGCUUAUAUUGUUAGAUAGAGGCUGGCACUUUAUUACAAGACAAGCCAGAGAAAUAUCAGUUAUGGGAUGGGGGGUUUUUUUUGUGUUUUUAUUUGGGGUUUUUUUUUUCCCAUUUUUAUUUCCUUUUUUUUUUUUUUUUUUUUUUUUUACUGACAUGCUUCCCAUAGAACAAACUUUGUAAGAGGCAACAAUUUAUAAUUGAUAUUUUGACCAAUCUGCGUGAGUGUAAUAGUAAUAACCUGAUCUAUUUGUUUUGAAGAUUACCAAGUGAAAAAUUGGGAAUGGAUAGAAUUUACACUAAAUGCUAUAUGAAAACGUUCCAGUCUGAUGCUGUGAAAGCAAUCUAGUGCUAUAUUUCUACCUCCUCAUUUGUCUUAAUUAUUUGGUAAAUGGGAUUAUGAUGAAUAACUGGAGGGGCUUAGCAGACAAAAACUGGAUGAAAGGAUAUGCAUGAAAAAAGAAACUUCUGUUUGAUAAGUGUGGAGUUCUUCACGACAAGUAAAGCUACAUGAGGCUGCAGAUGAGUCACCUAGGAAAGCACAGGCAUUGAACUUGGCCUAAAAAUAUUUUAAUGUUUACUCAAAAAGUACCUCUUCUUGGAAUAUGGAAAAGAACAGAAGGCUUUUAGAUACGUUUUGUUUUAAAGUAAUAAAAAUCAAUUCUGAAUUUCAAACCUAAUUAUUUGUUUUAGGAGCCUUUAAGCUAUAUGUAGAUGUAUACAACGUUCUACAACGGUAUACACCUACAUAUAACUUAUAUAGAUUAAACAUAUCCGGUGUAAGAAUACAGAUACACACUGAGUCCCUUCUAUUUGCUACAAGUUAAUUUUUGGAGAACUCCCCUCAAAGUUUUGCUGCUUCUCCCAUUAACUACUGCCAUCACCAUCAGAAUUCAUAAUCAGGCCUAACUUUUUUGUUUGGGGCACCAAAUCAAAAGACAAAAUUAAUUUGCACCAGUAAACUUCAGGCUGCUUUCUUUCUGGAAAAACUAAUAUUUAAUGUAUAAUGUCUGUUUGGAUACUGUUCCAAAUUGUUGAUUGCAUGUGGUUAAUGUUGCAUUAGAGCACUUUGCAAUUGCAUAAUUCAUUAAUGUUCUGUGAGCUUGUGUUUGUGAGUUAUUGGAUGAUCAUUCUGAAUUUUGUCAAGUAUCCCAUUGUACAUCUUGCCUAGACGUCAAUGAUAAUACAGUUGUAAUGAAACUCUCUGAAUUCCUUGUUUCAUCACAUGUUAUCUGUAAAACACCUGUAACUAGCUUCUUAAUUUAUUAUUUGAAUUUUAGGAUAGUGCAUCACUAACUUUUAGUUGCUGAUGUUAGCAUUUUAGUGAUUACUAAGCACUUCUGUCAGUCUUUGAUAAAGGAACGUAUGUUUUGUGCUUUGAAGAUCGCUGAAGAAUUUCCCUUAUAAUAGAAUGGGCAUGUAUUGUAAAUGUUUAAUAUCAAAUGAUCUGUGCUGUAGAGAAAACAUUAACCUUUGUUCAAAAAAGAAACGGAUAAACUUGGCCUUUCCGAGUGGUAAGAAUGAUCUGUCACUAUAAUAUACUGUAUGUUUACAUUUUAUUUAAUCUGUUAUGUAUAGGGUGAUAAUCUUUCCCCAACAAAACAGUGAUUGCGAUUGUUUUCUAGAAACUUCUUAAAAGUGCCACAUUUGGCAGUACAAAUGAGUUUGAGUGUAAUAGCCCAGAGAUUUCUAUAUAGUUGAAUGUCUAAAAUGGUAAAAUGUACCACUGUGGCAAGUUGCAGUGGCUUAUGUUUUUCAUAGUAAUUCAAAUGAAUUCCUAUUUUUGAUAGUAAAUGUCAUUUAAUAGUAUACUUGCCAUUUGAGCCUCACUGCAAAAUUAGUGCAGAGGAGAAAACAAUUUUUAAUGUAAUCUUGAUUUUACCUCAUAUACUGUACAUUCCAAAAACUCUAAACUUUUUAAAGAUUAUAGAUACACUACCAAACAUAUCAUCUUAAAAUUGUAAAAGGUUGAGCUUCAUACAAAUGAAAUAUAAUCUCAUAAAAAUAAGUAAACUAUGUAGCAAAGGUAUCUUUAAAAUCCAUGGAAAAUAAAAGUUGUAUCAUUCUUUUUUGA